CUACCCGGAUCCCCCUUUCGCAAUCCAGAGCAGGGGAUCUGGUUAUAGAUUUACUUUGAACAAUGUCUGAUAUGUGGAGUAAAGUCCUCCUUGGCUUUUAUAAAGUCAUCUUUUCUUCUCCUCAGGAACUGCUCAAACCUGUGCCCCAGAGAUGAGGGCCCAGGAGGACUCCGAGGGCCAGAUACAGCAUGAGUGCACCAGGGACCCCCCAGUGUCGCUGCCCGCAGAACCCAAGUUUGACAUGUUAUACAAGAUAGAGGAUGUGCCACCCUGGUAUCUGUGCAUCCUGCUGGGCUUCCAGCAUUACCUGACAUGCUUCAGUGGCACCAUCGCUGUGCCCUUCCUCCUGGCUGAGGCGCUAUGCGUGGGCCACGAUCAGCACAUGGUCAGUCAGCUCAUCGGCACCAUCUUCACAUGUGUGGGCAUCACCACUCUCAUCCAGACCACGCUGGGCAUCCGGCUGCCGCUGUUUCAGGCCAGCGCCUUUGCGUUUCUGGUUCCAGCCAAAGCCAUUUUGGCCCUGGACAGAUGGAAAUGCCCCCCAGAAGAGGAGAUCUAUGGUAAUUGGAGUCUGCCCCUGAACACCUCUCAUAUCUGGCAUCCACGGAUACGGGAGGUUCAGGGUGCAAUCAUGGUGUCCAGCAUGGUAGAAGUGGUAAUUGGACUGAUGGGGCUGCCUGGGGCCCUGCUCAACUACAUUGGGCCUCUCACGGUCACCCCCACUGUCUCCCUCAUUGGUCUCUCUGUCUUCCAAGCUGCUGGAGAUCGAGCUGGCUCCCACUGGGGCAUCUCAGCUUGCUCCAUUCUCCUGAUCAUCCUCUUCUCCCAGUACCUGCGAGACUUCACCUUCCUGCUGCCUGUCUACCGCUGGGGCAAAGGCUUCACUCUUUUCCGCAUCCAGAUCUUCAAGAUGUUUCCUAUUGUGCUGGCCAUCAUGACUGUGUGGUUGCUCUGCUAUGUCCUGACCCUGACGGAUGUGCUGCCCACAGACCCGACGGCCUAUGGCUUCCAGGCACGAACAGAUGCCCGUGGGGACAUCAUGGCUACUUCACCCUGGAUCCGCAUCCCCUACCCCUGUCAGUGGGGCCUGCCCACAGUGACUGCCGCUGCUGUCCUCGGAAUGUUCAGUGCCACAUUGGCAGGCAUCAUUGAGUCCAUUGGAGAUUACUAUGCAUGUGCCCGCCUGGCUGGUGCACCACCCCCUCCAGUACAUGCUAUCAACAGGGGCAUCUUCACUGAAGGCAUCUGCUGCAUUAUCGCUGGGCUAUUGGGCACAGGCAAUGGGUCCACCUCGUCUAGUCCCAACAUUGGCGUCCUGGGGAUUACCAAGGUGGGCAGUCGACGUGUGGUGCAGUACGGUGCAGGUAUCAUGCUGAUCCUGGGCACCAUUGGCAAGUUCACGGCCCUCUUUGCCUCACUCCCUGACCCCAUCCUGGGAGGCAUGUUCUGCACCCUCUUCGGCAUGAUUACAGCUGUGGGGCUGUCCAACCUGCAGUUUGUGGACAUGAACUCCUCUCGCAACCUCUUCGUACUGGGGUUUUCCAUGUUCUUCGGGCUCACACUGCCCAAUUACCUGGAAUCCAAUCCUGGCGCCAUCAACACAGGUAUUCCUGAAGUGGAUCAGAUUCUGACUGUGCUGCUGACCACAGAGAUGUUUGUGGGCGGGUGCCUUGCUUUUAUACUGGACAACACAGUGCCAGGGAGUGCAAAAGAAAGAGGUCUAAUACAGUGGAAAGCUGGGGCCCAUGCCAACAGUGAGAUGUCUACCACCCUCAGAAGCUAUGACUUCCCCAUUGGGAUGGGCACAGUAAAACGAAUCAGCUUUCUGAAAUACAUUCCUAUCUGCCCAGUCUUCAAAGGAUUUUCUUCAAGGUCCAAAGAUCAGUUUCCAGUUCCAGAAGAUACUCCAGAAAAUACAGAAACUGGGUCUGUGAACACAAAGGUCUGAAAAAUUACUUCCAGAAAAGGAAGCAUGGUUUACAACAGGAAAAGAAAACUACACAGGUGCCAGAAGACCUCAGUUCUAAAUACCAGCUCUGCCCCUAUACCUUCCUAUGUAAACUUGGAUAAGCCAUCCUCUUACCCUCUCUUGGGUUCCAAUUUUGCAUCAGAUUAAAAAAAGGGGGGAGAGGAAUGGGCAAAAGUCUAUUUUAAUGGCCUUAGAGACUUGUACCAAUAUUAUUCUAUGCCUUUAAAUCUUUACUUUCUUAAGUGCAUUUGUUAGCCAACAGGAAGAGUAGCUGGGAAUCCCCCUCUACCAUGUUUUGGAUUGAUACUUGAUAAAGAUGAAAAGAAACCAGGACAGAUAACAGGGUCUGAAAUCUAAGCAUGGUGGCAGGCAUUUACCCUAAAUUUGACUUCCACAUCACUUACUUCAAGAGCAAAGCAUAAUAUUAAACGUGUUAAAGCAA